UGGACAUGCUUGCCGUCAUCUUCUUGGGCAGUUUAGAGGCAGAGGCUGCCUCCAGAGACUCGGAGUAAGCGAUGAUAGAGGCAGCGGCAGCAGCGGCCAUGGCUGCAUGCUCCUCCAUCCCCUUGCCCUUCACCACGAAGGCAAGUCCCCGCCAGCGCAGCCGCGUCUCCAGACCUUGUCGGGUUCGCCUCCCUGCCUCGCCAUUUCGUCAGUCCCGCUCCCCUUUAGCUGCCUGUUCGCCGGCGAGCGGCCUCCGCCCCCGAGCUUCCGUGUCCGCGUCGGCCGCCCCGUCCAAGGACUACGAGUUCACUGAUGGAAACGGAGAAGUGGAGCUCAGACUGGACAUCCAAAAGCUCGGCAUCGAGAGUUCAAAAGAUGUUUUUGUUGAUGUUGAUGAUACAUCUCUAUUGAUCAGAGCUAAGUCUGAUGGGACACUCAGAACUUUAUUGAAUGUCCAAACACUGUUUGAUAGGAUCAAGUCUUCCGAGACCAUAUGGUUUAUUGAUGAGGAUCAGCUGGUGGUAAAUCUGAAGAAAGUCGAGCAAGAGUUAAAAUGGCCUGACAUUGAUGAAUCCUGGGAGUCCCUCACUGCUGGGAUCACCCAGUUAUUGACAGGGAUCAGCGUCCAUAUUGUUGGUGAUUCCACAGACAUCAAUGAGGCAGUUGCUAAAGAGAUUGCCGAGGGCAUUGGGUAUCUUCCGGUUUGCACAAGUGAGCUGCUGGAAAGUGCCACCGAAAAGUCUAUCGAUACAUGGGUGGCUUCGGAAGGAGAGGACUCUGUAGCUGAUGCGGAAUCUGUUGUCCUGGAAAGCCUUAGCAGCCAUGUCCGCACUGUUGUUGCGACUCUUGGGGGCAAGCAAGGAGCAGCUAGCAGAUUCGACAGAUGGCAGUACCUUCAUUCCGGUUUCACGGUUUGGCUCUCGGUGUCGGAUGCUAGCGAUGAAGCUACCGCAAGAGAGGAAGCCCGGAGAAGUGUUAGCAGUGGAAGCGUUGCUUACGCCAAGGCGGACGUGGUGGUGAAGCUGGGCGGAUGGGACCCGGAGUACACGCGAGCCGUUGCGCAGGGCUGCCUCGUCGCCCUCAAACAGCUGACCUUGGCAGACAAGAAGCUGGCAGGGAAGAAGAGCCUCUACAUCAGGCUAGGUUGCAGAGGCGACUGGCCCAACAUCGAGCCUCCAGGCUGGGACCCUGACUCCGACGCCCCACCAACCAACGUCUGAAUCAUCAUCAUCCUUCGCAAUUGUGCUCUAGGAAUGAUAAGAUAAUACUACACUGGAAUUCUCUUCCAUCAUUUUAAUUCUUGUCAUGUUUUGGCCAUUGGAUGUAACAAGAGAGGGAGUUAGUUGUAACC